AUGCCGAGAUCCUUCCUAGUGAAGAGUAAGAAGGCCCACACCUACCACCAGCCUCGUGCACAGGACGAUGACCUGGCCUGGCCUCCUGCUGUAAUUUCUGUGGCAAAAGAGCAUACCCUGAGUAGCAGCCCGGUCCUCAGCACACUGCUCCCAAGCCAGACCCUGGAGUGGAACACAGCCAAACAGGAGAAGGGCAUGCUGCUGGACCAGAGCCUACCCAAGAUGGCCUCAGCCCCAGAGGGGCCCCUUGUGACAUCCCAACCCCAGGAGGGGGAGUCACCACUCUCCGAGUCACCCCCUUUCUACAAGCCCAGCUUCUCUUGGGAUACGCUGGCCUCCUCCUACAGCCACAGCUACCAGCAGACCCCGUCCACCAUGCAGUCAGCUUUCCUGCAGCGCUCCGUGCGGCUGUACGGCAGCCCCCUCGUGCCCAGCACCGAGUCACCCUUGGACUUCAGCCUCCGCUACUCUCCGGGCAUGGACACUUACCACUGUGUCAAGUGCAACAAGGUGUUCUCCACCCCUCACGGGCUAGAAGUGCACGUCCGCCGCUCCCACAGCGGAACCCGGCCCUUUGCCUGUGAUGUCUGUGGGAAAACCUUUGGCCACGCUGUGAGCUUGGAGCAGCACAUGCACGUCCAUUCCCAGGCUGUCCCAGCCGGGCCCAGUCCUGCGCCCAACUUGGCUGUCCCGGGCCUCGAGGCCCCACCUGCACCUGACCCCCCAGGGCCUCGUUUCCUCCGGCAGGAGCGUAGCUUCGAGUGCCGGAUGUGUGGCAAAGCCUUCAAGCGCUCAUCCACCCUGUCUACCCACCUGCUCAUCCACUCGGACACUCGGCCCUACCCCUGCCAGUUCUGUGGGAAGCGCUUCCACCAGAAGUCAGACAUGAAGAAACACACCUACAUCCACACAGGUGAGAAGCCCCACAAGUGCCAGGUGUGCGGCAAGGCCUUCAGCCAAAGCUCCAACCUCAUCACCCACAGCCGCAAGCACACGGGCUUCAAGCCCUUCAGUUGUGAGCUGUGCAGCAAGGGCUUCCAGCGAAAGGUGGACCUGCGGCGCCACCGUGAGAGCCAGCACAACCUCAAGUGA